GCCAACGGGCGGCGUCGGCGCCCGCUUCCCACUUGCGCGGCCCGUCACGGAUUGUUGCCCCUCCGCCGGUCCCCGUUAGCGAUUCCUGGCCCGCCGUUGGGUGUGAGCCCGCAGCCGGGGGCUGUCCGCCGCGCAGGUUGCCAGGGCGGGUGAUUUACACUGGAGCGGGGGGCCCGUACGUCUGAGCAUGCGCACUGCCCUCGGUAUCAGUGACUCGGGUGAGAAAGAUUUGUUCUGUAUGACGCUGUCUACACCGGUGUCACAUAGCUUAAGUGGAGCAUCAGAGCAGAGAAAGUUAGGGCCAAACAUUCAUGCCAAGAUCUUGCGGAGUGACGUGGGAGUGCUGCGAUUCUAUCGACAGUAGCCACCACAGAAUGGAAGGAAAGCCCCUCGAUAUCCAUGUGGAUGUACCUGCAUCCGAGGGCGGUGAGGGUGUGCAGAAGAGCAGACCUGAUCGCGAGGGCCUGUUGCCCUGCACGCUGUGCGGGAAGGUGUUUGCCUACCAGUCCCUGUUGCGCCGCCACUGGCUGGCCCACACCGAGAUCCGGCCCUUCAUCUGCAACGUCUGCGGCAAGACCUACAAGAGUCACCAGGACUGCACGCGGCACCAGCGGAUCCACACCGAGGAGACGAGCGUCACCUGCCCCGAGUGCGGUAAGGCCUUCACCCACUUCUCGCACCUGCAGGCCCACCUGCGCACCCACACUGGCGAGCGGCCCUUCCCCUGCCCCGACUGCGGCAAGGCCUUCGGCCACUCCUCCCACCUGCAGAGGCACCAACGCACCCACAGCUGCGAGCGGCCCUUCUCCUGCCCCGACUGCGGCAAGACGUUCGGCCACUCCUCACACCUACAGAGGCACCAACGCACCCACAGCUGCCAGCAGCCCUUCUCCUGCCCCGACUGCGGCAAGACGUUCGGCCGCUCUUCGCACCUACAGGCCCACCGGCGCACCCACACCUGCGAGCGGCCUUUUUCCUGCCCCGACUGCGGCAAGACCUUCGUCCAGUCUGCCCACCUCCUGGAGCACCAGCGGGUUCACACCGGAGAGAAGCCCUUCGUCUGCCCUCUCUGUGGGAAGAGCUUCGCCCGGUCGUCACAGCUCCAUGCGCACAGGCGGACUCACACAGGGGAGAGGCCCUACCCAUGUCCAGACUGUGGGAAGUGCUUUAGCACGGCUUCAAUCUUACUUCAGCACCGUCAGGUCCACACCGAGGAGCGGCCCUUCCCCUGCCCCGACUGCGGCAAGGCCUUCAAGAGCCCCGUGCACCUGAAGCAGCACCACGUGAUCCACGCCGGGGAGAGGCCCUUCUCCUGCACCGUCUGCGGCAAGGCCUUCGUCCGGUACUCCAACCUGCAGGCGCACCAGCGGCUACACUUGAGGGAGAAGAGGUUCGCCUGCCCCGAGUGUGGCAAGGUCUUCCCCCACACCACGAACCUGCUGGCGCACCGUCGUGCCCACGCCGGCAAGCGGCCGUUCGCCUGCCCCGAGUGCGCCAAGACCUUCGUCUACGCCUCGCACCUGCUGGCCCACCGGCGCACCCACACCGGUGAGCGGCCCUUCUCCUGCCCCGACUGCAGCAAGGCCUUCACCCACUCCUCCCACCUGCAGGCGCACCGGAGGGUCCACACCGGGGAGAAGCCCUUCGCCUGCCCCGUCUGCGGCAAGUGCUUCACAUGGUCGUGGCAGAUGCAGAACCACCAGCGGACUCACACGGAGUAGAGCGGUGACACUCGUCCCGACGGGGGGAGGGUCGUCUCCUGGUACAGCGGACACUGUGUGUGCUUGUGUGUGUCUGGAGUUUCUGUGUCCGUGGGCUGAUCCGAUUUCCUCCCACAUUCCACAAAGGUAAAUUUGUUCCGCGAGUCGGCUGGGGAUAGAAUCUGGGACUGGGGGAGGUGAAGGGGAUGUGACGCUGCUGAAAAUUAGUUUCUGGUGGCCGCUGUGCAUACACAGACGUGUGGCGGUGAACCUUCUGAGGAGGGUGAGAAGGCAUCUGUAUAAUUGCGGUUGGUGAUCACAGAACAUGACAGAGUACAGGCCGUACAGGCCAUUCAGCCCAUGAUAUUGUAUACAUGCCCAGUCCCUUGUCCACCUCCCUCCAUUCCCUGCCUACCUCACGGCACCUUUAACUCCUCUUGUCUCUGCCACCAUCCAUGGACCUGCUGCUCAGUGCAAAAAAAGAUCUAAACUUUGCCCCACACAUCGCCUUUGAAUUUGUCCCUUCACACCUCGACUCCAUGGCCUCUCCUAUCAGACAUUUCCAUCCUGGGAAAAAGCACCAGCUGUCUAUGACUCUCAUAAUCUGACAAACUUCUAUCGGGUUUCCUCUCGGCCUCUGCCGUUCCAGAGAAAGUAACACAGUUUUUUCCAGCCUGUCCUCAUAGCUCAGGCCCCCGAAUCCAGGCAACAUCCAGGUGAACAUCUUCCGCACCCUCUCCAAAGUCUCCUCGUCCCUCCUGGGGUGAGCGGACCGCAGUCCGAGUUUCGGGAUUUGGACUCGAUGACGGUACAUUCCAGGCUGGGGUACUCUGGGGCUCGGAGGGUGGGAGAGGUGUUGGUUGUGGGAGGCGCCGUUGGAUUGGCCCAGGACGGUAUCUGCAGUGUGUUUUGUAAAUGUCAGUUGUGGGACAUUGGUGAAAUUCUGGGCCGUGUUUUCGCGUUGUAAAUCAGUGUUCUUUCAGAUGCCCAUUAGAACAUAAACAGAACACAGCAGAGUACAGCACCGGCCCUUCAACUCUGCUGAAAUUUGAACCUACUCUAAAACCAAUCUGAAAUUUCCCCCAUUGUUCGUUCAUCCUUACUGCUAUCAAAGAGAAUCGUAAGUGUCCCCAACGUAUCUGCCUGAACCAACCCUGACAGCGUGAUUCACGAUCCCACCAGUCUCUGUGUGAAAAACACCUACUCUGACACCCACCCCAAGUACUUUCUACAAUCAUCUUAAAAUCAUGUCCUUUUUUUUUUAGCCAUUUGCACUCUGGAACCAGGUCCUUGGCUGUCCACUCUGUGCCUCUUUGCUUAUAAGGUCGUAAGAAAUAGGAGCAUAAUUAGAUGAUUUGGCCCAUCAGGUCUGCUCCAGCUUUUCUCGUGGCAGAUCCAUUUCCCUCCCAGCCCCAAUCUCCUGUCUUCUCUCUGUAACUUUUCACACCCUGACUCAUCAAUCAGCUUAGAGAAACAUAAGGACUCGGCCUCCACGGCCGCCUGUGGCAACGGAUUCCACAGACUCGCCAGUCUCUGGCUAAAGACUCUCCUCCUCAUCUCCGUUCCUAAUGGACGGCCCUCUAUUCAGAGAUCGUUCCCUCUGGUCCUAGACUCCCCCACCACGGGAAUCAUCCACUCUCUCGGGACCUUUCAACGUUCGAUAGGCUUCAAUGAGAUCCCACCCUCGUACUUCAGAAUCCCAGUGAGUACAGGCCCAGAGCCUAAAUCACUCCUUGUAUGACAAGCCUUUUGUUCCUGGAAUCAUUUUUGUGAACCUCCAUUGAACCCUCUCCAAUGUCAGCACGUCUUUUCUUAAAUAAAGGACCCAAACCUGCUCACUGUACUCCCAAGUGAGGCCUCACCAGUGCCCUAUGAAGCCUCAUCAUUACAUGCUUGCUUUUAUGUUCUGGUCCUCUUGAAAUGAAUGCUAACGUUGCAUUUGCCUUCCUCGCCAUCGACUCAACCUGCAAAUUAAUCUUUGGGGAAUCCUGCACGAGGACUUCCAAGUCCCUUUGCAGCUCAGAACUUUGAAUUUUCUUCCUGACGCUGUAUUCCAUCUGCCACUUCUUUGCCAAUUCUCCUAAUCUGUCCAAGUCCUUCUACAGACUCUGUUUCCUCAACACCACCUGCCCCUCCACCUAUCUUCAUAGUGUCCACAAACUUGGCGACAAAGCCACCAAUUCUGUCAUCCAAGUCAUUGAUAUAUAACGUAAAAAGAGGUGGUCCCAAUACCGACCCUGCAGAACACCUCUUGUCACCGGCAGCCAAUCAGAAAAGGCUCCUUUUAUUCCCACUCUUCACCUCCUGCCAAUCAGCCAGUGCUCUGUCUAUGCCAGUAUCUUUCCUGUAAUACCAUGGGCUCUUUAAGCAGCCUCAUGUACGGCACCUUGUCAAAGGCCUUCUGAAAUUCCAAGUAAGCAACAUUCACCGACUCUCUUUUGUCUAUCUUGAUUGUUAUUUCUUCAAAGAAUUCCAACAGAUUUAGACCAUAAGACAUAGGAGCAGAAUUAGGCCAUCUGGCCCAUCGAGUCUGCUCCACCAUUCAAUCAUGGCUGAUCAUUUUUUUUCUCUCCUCCUCAACCCUAGUUCCCGGCCUUCUCCCUGUAACCUUUGAUGCCAUGUCCAAUCAAGAACCUAUCAAUCUCUGCCUUAAACACACCCAACGACCUGGCCUCCACAGCUGCACGUGGUAACAAAUUCCACAAAUUCACCAUUUUUUGGCCAAAGAAAUUUCUUCGCAUCUCUGUUGUGAAAGGGCGCCCCUCUAUUCUGAGGCUGUGCCCUCUUGUCCUGGACUCCCCCACCAUGGGAAACAUCCUUUCCACAUCUACUCUGUCUAGGCCUUUCAACAUUUGAAAGGUUUUGAUGAGAUUCCCCCUCAUCCUUCUGAAUUCCAGCGAAUACAGACCCAGAGCCAUCAAACAUUCCUCGUAUGAUAACCCUUUCAUUCCUGGAAUCAUCCUUGUGAACCUCCUCUGGACCCUCUCCAAUGCCAGCACGUCUUUUCUAAGAUGAGGAUCCCAAAACUGUUCACACUACUCAAGGUGAGGCCUCACCAGUGCCUUAUAAAGCCUCAGCAUCACAUCCUCGCUCUUGUAUUCUAGACCUCUUGAAAUGAAUGCUAACAUGGCAUUUGCCUUCCUCACCACUGACUCAACCUGCAUGUUAACCAUCAGGGUGUUCUGCACAAAGACUCCCAAGUCCCUUUGCAUCUCAGAUUCCUGGAUUUUCUUCCCAUUUAGAAAAUAUUCCGCACAUUUAUUUCUACUACCAAAGUGCAUGACCAUGCAUUUUCCAAAAUUGUAUUUCAUUUGCCUCUUUCUUGCCCAUUCUCCUAAUCUGUCUAUGUCCUUCUGCAUCCUACCUGUUCCCUCAACACUACCUGCCCCUCCACCAAUCUUUGUAUCAUCUGCAAACUUGGCAACAAAGCCAUUUAUUCCAUCAUCUAAAUCAUUUAUAUACAGCAUAAAAAGAAGUGGUCCCAACACCGACCCCUGUGGAACACCACUAGUUACUGGCAGCCAACCAGAAAAGGAUCCUUUUAUUCUCACUUGCUGCCUCCGAUCAAUCAGCCAAUGCUCUAACCAUGUUUAUAACUUUCCUGUAAUACCAUGGGCUCUUAACUUGGCAAGCAGCCUCAUGUGGGCACCUUGUCAAAGGCCUUCUGAAAGUCCAAAUAUACAACAUCCACGACAUCCCCUUUAUCUAUCCUACUUGUAAUCUCCUCAAAGAAUUCCAACAGUUCUGUCAGGCAGGAUUUUCCCUGAAGGAAACCAUGCCCACUUUGUACUAUCUUGUCCUGGGUCACCAAGUAUUCCAUCUCCUCGUCCUUAACAAUUAACAUCCUCCCAACUACUGAGGUCUGGCUAACUGGUCUAUAAUUUCCUUUCUGCUGCCUUCCUCAUUUGUUAAAGAGUGGAGUGACAUUUGCAAUUUUCCAGUCCUCUGGCACCUUGCCAGAGUCCAACGAUUUUUCAAAGGAUCAUUUCCACUGCCACCACAAUCUCUAAAGCUACCUCUUUCAGAACCCUAGGGAGCAGUUCCUCUGAUCCAGGUGACUUAUCUACCUUUAGGUCUUUCAGAUUUUUGAGCACCUUCUCCCUUGUAACAGUAACUGCACCCACUUCUCUUCCUUCACACACUGCAACAUCAGCCAUACUGCUAGUGUCUUCCACAGUGAAGACUGAUGCAAAAUACUCAUUUAGUUCAUCGACCAUCUCCUUGUCCCCCAUUAUUAUCUCUCCUGCCUCAUUUUCUAGUGGUCCUAUAGCCACUCUCAUUUCUCUUUUAUUUUUAACGUACUUGAAAAAAAAUUACUAUCCACUUUGAUAUUAUUUGCUAGCUUGCUUUCAUAUUUCAUCUUUUCCCUUCUAAUACUUUUUAGUUGCUCUCUACAUUUAAAAAAAUUUCCCAAUCCUCUAUCUUCCCACUAAUUUUUGCUUCGUUGUAUGCCCUUUCUUUUGCUUUUACAAUAGCUUUGGGUUCCCUUGUCAGCCACGGUUGUACGAUUUUACCAUUUGAUUAUUUCUUCAUUUUUGGAAUACACAUAACCUGCACCUUCCUCAUUUUUCCCAGAAACGCACGCCCUUGCCACUCUGCUGACAUCCCCGCCAGCUCCUUCCAAUUUACUUUGGCCAACUCCUCUCUCAUACCACUGUACUUGCCCUCACUCCACUGAAAUACUUUAUUCCUAUCAAAUUUCAAGCUGAACUCAAUCAUAUUGUGAUCACUGGUUCCUAAGGGUUCUUUUACCUUAAGCUCCCUAAUUGCCUCCGGUUCAUUACAUAAUACCUAAUCCAGUAUAGCUGAUCCCCUAGUAGGCUGAACGACAAACUGCUCUAAAAAGCCAUCUCCUAGGCAUUCAACAAACUCACUCUCUUGAGAUCCAUUACAAUUCUGAUUUUCCCAAUCCACCUGCAUGUUAAAAUCUCCCAUGACUUCCAUAACAUUGCCCUUUUGACUCGCCUUUUCUAUUUCCUGUUGUAAUCUGUGUCCACCUCCCAGCCGCUGUUGGGAGGCCUGUAUAUAACUGCCAUCAAUGUCCUUUUACCACUUGUCAGGCAAGAUUUUCCCUUGAGGAAACCAUGCUGACUUUGGCCUAUAUUAUCAUGUGCCUCCAAGUACCCUGUAAACACAUCCUUAACGAUCAACUCCAACAUUUUCCCAACCACUGAAGUCAGGCUAACUGGCUUAUAAUAUCCUUUCUCCUGCCACCCUCCCUUCUUAAAAGGUGGAGUGACAUUUGCAAUCUUCCAAACCACCAGAACGAUGCCAGAAUCUACUGAUUCUUGAAAGAUCACUACUAAUGUCUCCACAAUCUCUUUAGCCCCUUUUUCAGAAACCUAGGGUGCACACCAUCUGGUCCAGGUGACUUAUCUACCCUCAGACCUUGCGGUUUCCCAAGCACCUCUGUAGUAAUAGCAACUACACUCACUGUUACCCACUGACACUCUUAAACCUCUGGCAGAAUGGUAGUGUCUUUAACAGUGAAGCCAGGUACAAAGUACUUAAAACAGUUUGCCCGCUAUCUCCUUGUCCCCCAUUACUAUCUCUGCAGCGUCAUUUUCCUACGGUCCAAUAUCUACUUCCACAUCUCUUUUUUUCUUUAUGUAUCUGAAAAAGCUUUUGGUAUGCUCUUUGACACUAUUGGCUAGCUUACCUUCAUAUUUCAUCUUCUCCCCCCUUAUGACUUUUUUUAGUUGCCUUCUGUUGGUUUUUAAAAAUUUUCCAAUCCUCUAACUACCCAAUAAUUUGUGAUCUAUUACAUGCCCUCUCUUUUGCUUUUCUGUUGGCUUUCCCUUCCCUUGUCAGCCACAGUUGCAUCAUCCUGCCUUUAGAAUAUUCCAUCAUCUUUGGGAUGCAUCUAUCCUGCACCUUCCAAAUUGCUCCCAGAAACUGCAGUCAUUGUUACUCUGCCGUCAUCCCUGCUAGUGUUCCCUUCCAAUCAAUUUUGGCCAGCUCCUCUCUCACGCCUCUGUAAUUCUCCCUCUCAAAUUGCAGGGUGAAUCCUUACCGUUGCCUCCUAGGGUUCCAUAACUUAAACUAUCUAAUCAAAUCCAAUUCAUUGCACAACACCCAAUCCUGAAUUGCUGAUGCCCUAGUGGCUCAACCAGGAGCUGCUCGAAAAUGCCAUCCCAUAGGCAUUCUACAAACUCACCCUCUUGGGAUUCAGUACCAGCCUGACUUUCUCAACCUACCUGCAUAUUGAAAUCCCCCAUGACGAUCGUAACAUUGCCCUUUUGACAUGCAUUUUCUAUCUCCUGCUGUAAUUUGUAGCCCACGUCCUGGCUGUUGUUCGGAGGCUUGUAUAUAACUCCCAUCAGAGUCUUUUUACCCUUGCAGUUUCUUAGAUCUAUCCACAAAGAUUCUACAUCUUCCAAUCCUACAUCACCUCUUUCUAAGGAUUUACUUAAUUUUUCACCAACAGAGCCACCCCACCCCCUCGUCCUACCUACCCGUUCUUUCAAUACAAUGUGUACACUUGGAACACAUAUAAAAUUUGCUGGUGAACGCAGC